UUUCAAGUAAACAAAACACACAAGCACCUAAAUCAAAUCAAAAUUUAGGGGAAAAUUUUCCCGAUCACAUCUCACUUUUACUACUUUUAGCAAAUGGCGGCGGAGAACGGGUUUUGCGUGGAGGAGCGGAUCCGCGACCCGCUGAACUGGGCGGCGGCGGCGGAGGGGCUGAGCGGGAGCCACGUGGAGGCGGUGAAGGCGAUGGUGGAGGAGUUCCGGAAGGGCGCGGUGAGGCUCGGCGGCGAGACGCUGACGAUCGCGCAGGUGGCGGCGAUCGCGGCGAGGGACAAUGCGGUGGCGGUGGAGCUGGCGGAGUCGGCGCGGGCCGGGGUGAAGGCCAGCAGCGACUGGGUCAUGGAGAGCAUGAACAAGGGCACGGACAGCUACGGCGUCACCACCGGCUUCGGCGCCACCUCGCACCGCCGCACCAAGCAGGGCGGCGCGCUGCAGAAGGAGCUCAUUAGAUUUCUGAAUGCUGGAAUCUUCGGGAACGGAACGGAAUCUAACCACACUCUCCCACACUCAGCAACAAGAGCAGCGAUGCUAGUGAGAAUCAACACUCUCUUGCAAGGAUAUUCCGGCAUAAGAUUCGAAAUCUUGGAAGCCCUCGCCAAAUUCCUCAACCACAACGUCACCCCUUGCCUCCCCCUCCGCGGCACCAUCACCGCCUCCGGCGACCUCGUCCCCCUCUCCUACAUCGCCGGCCUCCUCACCGGCCGCCCUAACUCCAAGGCCGUCGGCCCCGCCGGCGAGCCCCUCUCCGCCGAGGAGGCCUUCAAGCUCGCCGGCGUGGCCGGGGGCUUCUUCGAGCUCCAGCCCAAGGAGGGCCUCGCCCUCGUGAACGGCACCGCGGUGGGCUCCGGCCUCGCCUCCAUCGCCCUCUACGAGGCCAACAUUUUGGCCCUCCUGGCCGAGGUGAUGUCGGCCGUGUUCGCCGAGGUGAUGAACGGGAAGCCCGAGUUCACCGACCACCUGACGCACCGGCUCAAGCAUCACCCCGGCCAGAUUGAGGCCGCGGCGAUCAUGGAGCACAUCCUGGACGGGAGUGCAUACGUCAAGGCGGCCGAGAAGCUGCACGAGACGGACCCGCUCCAGAAGCCGAAGCAGGACCGCUACGCCCUGCGGACCUCGCCCCAGUGGCUCGGCCCGCAGGUCGAGGUGAUCCGCACUGCGACCAAGAUGAUCGAGCGCGAGAUCAACUCGGUCAACGACAACCCGUUGAUCGAUGUUUCUAGGAACAAGGCCCUGCACGGCGGGAAUUUCCAGGGCACGCCGAUUGGCGUGUCCAUGGACAAUUCCAGAUUGGCCAUUGCAUCAAUUGGGAAAUUGAUGUUUGCUCAAUUCUCGGAACUCGUGAAUGAUUUCUACAACAAUGGAUUGCCCUCCAACCUGUCUGGCGGCCGUAACCCUAGCUUGGACUACGGCUUCAAAGGCGCUGAGAUUGCCAUGGCCUCGUACUGCUCGGAGCUCCAGUUCCUGGCCAACCCGGUCACGAACCAUGUCCAGAGCGCCGAGCAGCACAACCAAGACGUGAACUCGCUCGGCCUCAUCUCGUCGCGGAAGACCGUCGAGGCGCUCGACAUCCUCAAGCUCAUGUCGUCCACGUUCCUCGUGGCGCUCUGCCAGGCCAUCGACCUCCGCCACCUGGAGGAGAACCUCCGCCUCGCGGUGAAGAACACCGUGAGCCAGGUGGCGAAGCGGACCCUGACGAUGGGCGCCAACGGGGAGCUCCACCCGUCGAGGUUCUGCGAGAAGGACCUCCUCCGGGUGGUCGACCGCGAGUACGUCUUCGCCUACGUGGACGACCCCUGCCUCGCCACCUACCCUCUGAUGCAGAAGCUGAGGCAGGUGUUGGUCGACCACGCCCUCAAGAACGGGGAGGGGGAGAAGAACCUCAACACCUCGAUCUUCCAGAAGAUCCAGGCGUUUGAGGCCGAGCUGGAGCUCCUCCUCCCCAAGGAGGUCGAGGGCGCCAGGAGCGCCCUCGAGGCAGGGAACCCGGCCAUCGCGAACAAGAUCAAGGAGUGCCGGUCGUACCCGUUGUACAAGUUUGUGAGGGAGGAGCUCGGGGCGGAGUUCUUGACCGGAGAGAAGGUCGUGUCGCCCGGGGAAGAAGGGGAGAAAGUGUUCACGGCGUUGAGCAAUGGAUUGAUCGUUGAUCCGUUGUUGAAAUGCCUAGAGGCGUGGAAUGGUGAGCCCUUGCCCAUUUGCUAGGUGUGGUGUUGAAGGUGUUUUUUUUGAGGUGUUGUUUGAUUUGUAUUUUUUUUCUUCUAAUGUAUUAUUUGUUGUAUUGUAAUUUUGUAAGAAGCUCUGGGAAUUUCUGGGCUCCUAUUGUAUUUAGAAUGUGUUAUUACAAUCUAAGUGUUUGUUCACUCGAUUGUAUGAAUCAGUGAAAUAAUUAACUUUGUUUUUUGAUCCUA